AUGUCUUACGCUAGAGUCUUUAUUGACGACCUGAUUGAACUUCCGCACGAUGUCGAACGCAAAGUGCGGUAUAUACUAGAAGCGGAGUCUUUAGAGGAUAUAAUUGGCACGACGGAAGACGAUUCGCAGCAGGCGACCUAUGUGAAGAGGUUCUUAGAUCAGUCGCGUUAUAACGCAAGAAGUUGUUCGCUUAAAGGGGACUGGAAAGCCAGUUUAUUCAGUCUUAUAGGCGACUUAGCACGAGACAACUUCCAAUGUCAUACAUCAGAGAAGCUCUGGAACGCCGACCUCAAACCCUCGCCGCCUGGCGUGGCCCAACCCGACGAUGAAAUCGGCGUAUUAAUACCGCGCUUUCCACAGCCGCCAUCUGUGCUCCUAGACUUCGAUUCACAAUCAGCUUCAGGAUUUCUAGGGCUAGUGCCUUCACUACAACCGUACACACCUUCCAUCGCCUAUACGACUAGCAGCGAAGCUGCUGACCCGUUCUACAUCUCAACACUAAAGCCAGACAUCGUAGCCGCGCUGCCCACAGAAUCCGCGUCUCUAGCAGAACCCUGGCUCUGUUUCUCUGUCACGACCGAGGGUCUAGUACAUGAGCUGUGGGUGCAUUUCAAACUUGGAGAAGCGACUCAUAUGCACAAUAUUAGGACGUGGCGCACGACACACGCACCUCAUGUGUGGGAGCUGGUGUCCUGUCUCACCCGGAUUUUGAAGUGGGCGAAAGAUGAUUUCAUGGUGAAGACACGAGAAAAGUUGAGCACGUUCAAUAUCAAUCGUAGUACUGGCGAACGACUCCUCCGUGAUAGCGAUCGAUUUGGGGAUAUCACUGACUCUCGAUCAGGAUUUCGAGCCUAUAAGCAAGAUAUCACUAGAAGUACUGGCUCCGGACGCCCAACAGUCGUGUCAGACGAUCAGUUACAAGCCAUGCUUAGAGCUCCACCAAAGGUUCGAUCUUCUAAGCUCGCAGAUCAGAUAUCACGAGUAGGUAUAUCAGCGUCUGAGCGGACUGUCCAGCGUCGUCUUUGGGCGGUGAAUGCCAAAGUCUAUCGAGCUUCUAAGGCCAAGAGAAUCACUCCCAGCCAGGUCUCCCAGCGUCUUGAUUACUGGGAGAAAUAUCGACUUAAGCCUGUCCUUGGCUUCUGGGACGGGGUAAUAUUUACUGAAGAAGCUCACAUGUCGAUGAGCGAGCUGCCUCCGCAGAGAAUUUUGAAAGUUAGGGGUGAGAGACUCAAGCCAAAGAAUAUUAUCUCAACUCCAUCAAGAACAGCUACCGACGUCCACUUUGCUGCGUGGGUGAAUUACUAUGAUAGACAACCGGAUCUAGUCUUCUACAAUGACGAGAUGGAUGAUAUCGUUAUUAAAAAACUACCACCAAAGCCACGUCGUUAUCCGACAACUAAGACUGAGGAUAAAUAUCAAGCUCGGAUUGCUGACUGGGAGGCCCAGAAGGCCCGUGAUCCAAUUAUUUCUCGUCCGGGCAACUCUAUCUCGGAGGGAUACACUGCGCGUCUGCCUCCACCCAGAUCAUUGGUCUGA